AGCGAGCAUGCGCAGUGUCCCCGGGCAGCGGCUGCAGGAGGCGAGAGGCAAACAGUCGCGGUGGCAAACAAGAGACAAGUUGCAUGUUGUCGUCCAAUGUCUGCGCUCUUUUUCUACUUUCUGACGCUCUUUUGCUGAUUCGCGUCCAUUCCCGCCGACACAAGGUGCCAGGAUGGAGGAGUCGGUGACCACCUUCGAGACCCAUCUGACGGCGGUGAUGGACAGCCUCAUCCGGGCGUCGGUGUGCGAGAUCACCAAGCUCUUCCAGGAGACGGUGGCCGACUACCUGGUGGAGAUCUCCCUCAACCGAAAGGAGAACGAGGCCCUCAAACUGCGGCUGAGGCUGACGGAGAACAAGCUGAGGACCGAGCGCAAGUACGGCAUGGGCUGGGCCGCCGGCCGCCGCAACGCCGGACUGGCGGCGGCGGGCGAGGAAGGGAGACUGAAACGAAAAGUUGAGCUGGACGGCAAGUCCAAGAAGGGCCCCGCAGCAGCCUAUCGCAGGCGCUGGCCUGGAGGCGUGUGGGAGGAAGGUGGUGCUGGCGGCGGAGGAGGAGCUGCAACAGGAGGGAAAGGACCCAGGGAGAUGUAUCUGCUCCAGCUCCCGGGGUGCGAGGAGGACGAGGAAGGCAUGGUGCAGGAUGAGGAAGGGGAGGGCAGCCUCAGCAACGAGGAGGAGGAGGAGGAGGAGGAGGAGGAGGAGGAGACGACGACCAACAUCAAAGAGGAGCUCCAAGGAGCCACUAGGGCGGCGCUAAGAGCUGCAGGUUGCAGACCCCUGAUCUACAAUGUAAAUAGUCAUGAAAACCCAUUGAAUGAGAAGUUUCCUUCAGUGGACGGAUAUCAAGCAGCCUCUCUCAGGCUAAUCAAGGAGGCUCUGAAGAUAGAGCGCCCUAACCACAACCCCCGCAAUAGUUCCAGAGCCCAAAGUGAAGGAGACCUCUGUGAUCGUCCCUUGAGCCUUGGCUCCACAAAGAAAGAGGAGGACAGCUGGGGCUCGGAGGAGCCGUCAGAGAGCGGUAUGACCAUGGAAGAACUGAGGGGCUUGGAGUCGGCUCUGAGAGCAGAGAUAGGCCGGGAGCAGGGAGCCGCAAUGGCCUCGCAGGGUGUAAGUCCUGCUUCUGCGGUGGUGAUGGCCAGCAAGACUAGCUUGCCUGCCAAGUACAUCGGACUUGACGGAAUGGAGCAGGAGGGAGAGGUGGAGCCACAGCCGCCGAGCCUGCAGCGAGAGGACCAGAUAGGACCGGGCUGGGCAAAGGACCGCCUGAGGUCGGUGGAGCUGAAGUCGGGCAGGUGCAAGAAGACGAGAGAGAAGGACUCGCCUCCAAACGGGGAGGAGGGAGUGGAGCCGGGGAAGUCGGCGCACCUCCCACAUCCACCUGCUCCAGGAAGUGUGGGCGAGAGCGCAGGGGAAGAGGAUGUGGGUGGCGACCUGCUCCACUUCUGUCCUCAGUGCGGUGGUGGCUUCCCCACAGAGGCUGAGAUGGAGGAGCACCCCUGUCCACUAGGCGGCGCUCACCUGGAGAGCAGCGGCGGAGAGGAGAGUAUCUUCCCUUGCGCCCACUGCGGGAACACAUUCAGCCACGCCUGGGCGCUCAAGAACCACGAGUGCGCCUGCGCGGCCGAGCGGCCCCACUGCUGCGAGAUUUGCGGGAAACGUUUUACGCAUUCGCGCUCGUUGGAACGCCAUCACCUGGUGCACACGGGCGAGAGGCCGCACCAGUGCCCGUUGUGCGGGCGCAGCUUCAGUCGCCUGGGGAACCUGGAAAGGCACCAGAGGAUCCACACGGGCGAACGUCCUUACGGCUGCCAGGCCUGCGGCAAGCGUUUCAGUCGAGUGGAGUACUUGAAGAGACACCAGCUGAUACACAACGGGGAGAAGCCCUCGCCUGUGGGCUCAACUUCCGCCAUGUGGAGCAGCUGAAAAGUCACCAGGGUUUUUACACACUUCAAAUAUCUCACAACUGCAGAGGUAGGAGCAGCUUUUUAAAUGAGUGUGGUAGAAUUUAGGCGACUAACAUGUCUGCCAUUUGUCUCGGUGGUUUGAAUCCUGUAAGAAAGACCUGACAGGAUCAUCAUGAACAGACUGAAAGGAACUAUAAACUACAUGGAGUCAACUCGUCUGCCAUUUUGACUGGAGCUAUUCUUUGUAUUCAGCCUGUAAUUAUUUAUAAAGACAAAUUGUACAUUUGUAUGUUUGUAUUAAUACUAAUCACUCUUGAAAAAUGAAAGAAUGGUUUUUCUCCCCAAUGACAGCAAUUGUAUAUUUGUCUUUGGUCAGCAUCAAGAAAUAAACAUUUCAGUUCA